UAUACAGUUUUGUAGAAUUCGACGAGCUCUAUCGAACCAUGUAAAAACAUCCAAGAAAAAAAUUGACUCCAUUUUUGAAUUACUGACAACUUAAGGCCACUCCCCCUCGUUAAAAAAGUCACUUUUCGUCAAAAUCAUCGAAAUUGAGAAAAAUGCAUAGGAAGAUAGCCCGUGAUCUGCUCUUUCAUAUAUGAUAAAAGUUUUUACUCGGCAUCUGCUUUUUUUCCCCCGAAAAAUGUUGUAGGUUUUCAUCACCGCCCCUAUUCGAAAAACAGGCCGUGUUUUUAGAAAAAACCAAAAAGUCAUUUUUUCUUUUGUUGUCAGAACGUCGGUUCAACGAUGUAUCUCCAGCAGAACUCCAUCACAGUAAGAGAUAAAGCCAAAUCUUUUUCUUUUUUGUUUGAAAGCUUAUGUACAGGGCUAGCGACUCUCGUGACUCUUUUUUUAAAAUAAGCUUUUUUAUUAUCAUAGAAGAUAACCUCUGUAUCGGAGCAGUGCAAUUUUUAGAGAUGUUUUUUGAGUCAUUGAACUUUCGCUCCAGUUUUUUUUUCGCCUAAAAAGUAAGACUUUAAAAAAAAAGGGUCACGAAACUCGCUUUAUUCUGACAUGCUCUUUCAAACAAAAAAAGAAAAAAUUAAAUGUCUAGAAUGAAGACCCACAGAGAAAACUAGGAUAUACUAAAGAGCUAUUUUUGUGAAACUCACGUAUGUUUUCAAAGAAAAUAGUGAGUGUAAGUUUUCAGUUCGAGGUUUGGUGGCUCCCCCUCUCCCCUCCCCUCCCUCCCACCCCAUUACAGACACAUAGCAACGAGAAAGAGAACAUUACAGACAACCCCCCAUUACAGACGUUGACAACUUUAUGAAAAAAAAAAUUUUCUAUUCGAAAUUGAGAGAUAAAAAUAUAGGAUUUUCUAAUAAUCGAUUAUCGUGAGAAAAGAACUAUUAUCUUCUUUUUUGAGAAAUUUUAAAUAUUGGAUAUUUUGUCAUUAGUAUAAUGAAAGCAAAGAAGAUAUGUGAGUUCCACAUUUUCAGCCCUAAAGGGGCUGCGUUAACAAGCUUUUUUUCUUGAGACUAUAAAGUUAUGUAUUCGAAAGAUAUUUAUAUAUUAAUUAAUUAGUAUUAAGUAGAUGUCAUCUUGACAUUGACGAUAUAUGUAUAUUUCAUAAACUGUAAGCUUUUUCUAUGUUUUAUUUUUUGUAGAAACUAUAAAAGGAUGUAACUGUGUACAUAAGUAUAUAUCGGAAAAGAUAUAUAUGUAUGUAUUACCAAAAGUAUAAGAAGAAAACAAAACGUAUAAAGAAGAUAAAACACUCACAACGCGUAUAUAUUAUGUAUCCACUUCUGUUAUAAAGAAGAGAUAGAGAAAAGAAAAACAAUGUCAAGAAAACAAAUCGAAACUUGAAACGAUGUUGAUUUUGCGAAAAUUCAAAUGAAUUUUUCACUUUUUUCUCUCUAUAUGCCUCUCUGGCUCUCUCACUUUGUCUUCUCUUUUAUUUUAUCAUAUUAUUCUCUUGUUUCUCUCAAUUUCAGUAAUUCCAUUACUUGGAAGUUCAAUUGACAUUCAUCCAAAUGCUCGAUGGCAACAGAAUGGUAUCACUGUUGCUGGAGGAAAUGGACAAGGAAAUGGAAUCAAUCAACUCUCAAACCCGUGGGGUUUGUAUGUUGAUGAAGAUCAAACAAUAUAUGUCGCUGAUCAAUACAAUCACCGUAUUGUGGAAUGGAAAUGGGGUGCGACGAGUGGCCAAGUGGCUGCCGGUGGAAAUGGACAAGGAAGUGGGGCUCAUCAAUUGAAUAACCCACGAGAUGUGAUUGUCGACAAAGAGAGAGAUUGUCUAAUCAUCUCCGAUUGGUCGAAUGAAAGAGUGGUUCGAUGGCCUCGUCGAAAUGGGACAAGUGGAGAAGCAAUCAUCUCCAACAUCUUUUGUUGGGGUUUGACAAUAGACGAGAAUGGAUCUUUCUAUGUCGUUGACAAUGGAAAAGAUGAAGUGAGACGAUAUGGAAGAGGAGAAUCUCAAGGAACAGUGGUUGCAGGUGGCAAUGGAAGUGGAAAUCGUCUCGAUCAACUCCAUGACCCACGAUACGUAUUCGUCGAUCGAGAUCAUUCAGAAUAUGUGUCUGAUUUGGAAAAUCAUCGUGUGAUGAAAUGGGUGGAAGGUGCAAAACAAGGCAUUGCCGUAGCUGGUGAUCAAGGAGAAGGAAAUGGUCUUACACAAUUGUCAUAUCCUUAUGGAGUCGUUGUCGAUCUAUUGGGCACUGUCUAUGUGGCUGAUGCAGGGAAUAAUCGAAUCAUGCGUUGGCCCAAUGGAGCCAAACAGGGAAGUGUUAUUGUUGGUGGAAACGGUGCAGGAGCACAAUCGAACCAACUCAAUUGGCCCACCGGUUUAUCAUUCGAUCGACACGGCAAUCUCUAUGUCGUCGAUUACAGAAAUCAUCGAGUACAAAAAUUCAACAUCGAAUCCAAUGAAUAA